AGGUCGAAAGGUCUGAACCGCAUUGGUAACUUGUUGGUUCCUAAUGACAAUUACUGUAAGUUUGAGGAUUGGAUAAUCCCAAUUUUUGGUCAGAUGUUAGAGGAGCAAAAGUCACAGACUCUUAGUCUUGUGAUGCUCGACCAUGGCCACUUUCCUCUGGUUCUGCUCGACCAGAUGGUUCACUUGGCCUACUCGGCCGGUUUAUUCUCUUGGAAUUUACUGUGGACACCAUCUAAAGUAAUUGCUCGCCUGGGGAAAGAAAUCAAUAAUAAGAGUUCAUACCUGUACUGGGCAUUCAAGAACAAUAUCCCGGUUUUCUGCCCCGGCUUAACAGAUGGUUCACUCGGAGACAUGUUGUACUUCCACUCAUACAAAAACCCUGGGUUGGUGAUCGAUAUCGUGCAAGAUAUUAGAGCAAUGAACGGUGAGGCUGUCCAUGCGGGCCCAAGAAAGUCUGGGAUGAUAAUACUCGGAGGCGGGCUGCCCAAACAUCAUAUUUGCAAUGCGAAUAUGAUGCGAAAUGGAGCCGAUUAUGCCGUUUUUAUUAACACUGCACAAGAAUUCGACGGAAGUGACUCGGGGGCCCGCCCAGAUGAAGCCGUGUCGGGGAAAAAUUCGAGCUUCUGCUAAGACUGUCAAGGUGCAUUGUGAUGCAACCAUUGCAUUCCCUUUGCUGGUUGCACAAACAUUUGCUGUGAAGAUAGAGAAAAAUACGUGGACGAGUUCUUGAUUGAAAUUUUGAGGGGGAUUAUUCGGGCAAUGAAAACGGAUUUACUGGAGUAGUGUGUUAUUGGCUUGUGCACUAAAUUUAUUUUGAGUUAUUGUAAGUUUGUAACGUGUUGAAAAAGAUUAUUAAUGAGUGCACAUAUGGUACUAGUGAAUAGUUGUAUUCUCUAUUGCAAUAGCUGACAAAUAUAAAUCUUAUAA